CCUCUCCUUGGAUCCCUCCAGAGCCAACUCGAUGACCCGUUCAGGCCAGUGUCGCCUUGCACCAUUAAUCCCAUGUAUACAAGAUUCAUCAUGUCUAUAUGAUUGUACUGUGAGGAUUCUCUUUCAACUACAUAAAGCUCUUCCAACUGACAUGUUGAGUGGUCAUCGUGCUCGUUUCUACAAACAGUUUAAGCAGUUACAGCAGUUUUAUAACAACACUCGCAAUCUUCAGUACUUCAAAGGAUUGAUUCAAGUUCCUACCUUACCUCAGGAUCCACCAAAUUUCCUUGUUGAAGCUGAGCUAAGAAGUCAUGUAGCACCUGUAGUGGUUGUGGAAGAACAACCAGACAUAGCAGACACCUCGGAUACACUUCUCAUUGACACUUCAGAACCUGAACCACCACCUAUACCACCUCAUCCAGAUAUUGUAGACACUCAUAAUGGGUCAUUAGAAGAGGUUGUUGCUGAACGCGAGUCCUUGAUAGAUGCCCUUCAUGGAGAACUUGAGGCUAUGCGUGCUGAAGUUCAAAGAGUACGAUCUCAUGCUACUCACAAUGAGGAACAGUUGAGGCUUCGUAUAAAUGACCUUGAGUCUACCAUUGCUGAACUUGACAGUGAAUUGCUUGCAGAGAGACAGAGCAAAGAAUCUGUAUUAGCUCAAGUAGAAGCAGCAGCAGCUAGUGCUGAAGCAGUAACAAGGUUAGCUGAUGAAGAACUGAAGAGACGAGUGGCAGAGGAAAAGUUUUUAAAGAUGAAGGACGUAUACCAGAAACUUCGAGAUGAACACAUAAAUUUGAUAAGAGGGAAAGCAGAACUUGACAAGCUUUUGCUUACGGAACGGGAGGUACAUGCAGCAGCACAACGUAGAAAUGAGGAAUUGUCGUCAAAUCUUGUAAGACUGCAAAGUCAGCUAAGAGAAGACUCCCAAAUGCAACAGAGCUCAGCUGAAAAUGCACGAAAGGAAGCAGAGUCUUUAAGUCAAAAAGUAGCUGCUGUAACAUUGGAGAGAGAUCAAAUAAUGGGUCGAGUGAGAGAUUUGCAAAGUACGGUCUCACAGCUUCAUAGCCAAUUAGAAGCUCAGGCUCAGAAAAGCUCAGCUGAGGUAAUGGAUGCCAAAGCUGAUUGGGAGUCUGGUGUUCAUAAAUGUAUUGAUGGCUCUGUAGAUGGCGCCAAAAGGGUAGUGGAUAAUGCACUAUCUCACUUUGACAUUGAAGCCCAUGCAGAUGUGAAGUGCACUCCUGAAUAUACCCUUGUCUACCAGACACUUGUUACUGAUUCACUGGGUACACUUAUAUCAUCCUAUGGAAGUUAUUUGGAAAAUUAUAAGAUGGCACCUUAUUUAAUAACUAGUUUAACAACAACUGCCCAUUUUGUUGCUGCAUUCUUGUUGUAUGCAAAAGCUACUUCACAUGCAAGUCCAAACAUAGAAAAUGCAGAGAAUUUAAUUACAGCAUUAGAGGAGUUUUCUAAAGAAUGUACAGAUGUCUGGGAAAGAAUACGCAACAAGGAAAGCAUAACGAGUAUGCCAACAUUACAAGGACAGUUUGACAGAUGCUGCACAUUAGUUUCACUGUGUGUUGAUCAGAGUCCCAUUGAAGAAGAUAUGCAAUCCGUACUUCAGAGGGAGAUGGAAAUGAUGGACGCUGCAAUUAGGGAUGCUGUGGACAAGUUCACCACCUUACUGGAAAAUGCAAGAGCAACAGAUACAGGCAUGCAGUUGGAGGUAAGCGAGAGUAUUUUGGGCACAUGCAGUGAUUUAAUGGCAGCUGUGCGUCAGCUAGUUCAACGUGCUUCUGAUUUACAAGCUGAAAUAGUUGCAGCUGGUAAAGGUGGAGCAUGUCCUCAUGAAUUUUAUAAACGUAACCACCGCUGGACUGAGGGACUUAUCUCUGGGGCCAAGACCGUAGCUUUAGCAUGUCAGACACUCAUGACUGCAGCUGACCAGGUUGUAACUGGAAAGGGUAAAUUUGAAGAAGUGAUUGUAGCUUCACGUGAAAUUGCUGCUUCAUCUAUGCAGCUUGUCAUGUCAUCUAGAGUCAAAGCAGAUAGAUCUAGCAUCAAACUUGCAAACUUGAAUGCUGCUGCCAAGACUAUAUCAACCUUAACAGGAACUGUAGUUGCAACAGCAGAAAACUGUCGUGAUAAGGUUUCGACUGCAAAUACACUUGACUUCUCCAAGUUGAGUCUUCAUUCAGCCAAAAGACUUGAGAUGGAGACUCUGGUUAAGAUGUUAGAAACAGAGAAACAACUUGAGAAUGAGAGGAAAAAACUUGCUGCGCUGAGGAAACAUCAUUAUCAAUUAGCUGGUGAGCUGGAAGGCUGGGAAGAAGUAGUAAGUUUCCUAUUGUACUGUUCAGUAAAGUUACCAUUGACCCUGUAUAGUACUAUUCCAGUUGCAUGAUUGUGUAUGUGAUGGACAAAAUAUGAAAAUUAGGAUGAAAUUACACUACAGUGAACCCCCUGUAUUCAUGUACUCAUGUAUCCGUGGACUCACAUAUUUGUGGAUCCCUCUCUGGAACAUAUACUCCCAUUAUUUGUGGAAAAUUCUCCUAUCCGCAGUAUUUUUCUAUGAGAAACAUCCACAAAUUCCUGUUUUAUUAUUUAAUUAUAAAAUGCACUUUUUGUGAUAAGACUAUUAAAAAACUGUAUAAACAUUUUUAGUGGGUUUUUCUUGAGUUUUAUCUAACAAAAUAGGCAGUUUUAAGCAUUUUUAUAGGGGUUUUCACUUCGCGGGGCGGUCUGGUACGCAUCCCCUGCUAAUACGGGGGAACAAUGUAGUACUGUUGAACAUACCUACAGUGCCUGCUGCAUUACGUAGAGAAGGCAUAGUGGAUAGGACUUGAACCAGUAAUUGUAUCUAGUACUUUUAUUCCCUUGACGAUUAGUAUUAUCCUUGUAAAAUCAUACAUAUUUGUUUGUUUGGUGAUUACAUUUGUUAUCAUGGUUACUUCAAGGAGUCCUAAUAGUGUAAAGGUUUUUAGUGACUAAAAUGACUAGUCUAAAUUCCCAUUAGCACAAGUUUUCGCAGUUGUCAUAUGACUAUUUUUGGUAGUUUUGCGUAAUUGCACUAGGUACUUAGAAUAUGCAGGCACCUCAAUGUAAGUAGAUCAGAGAUGUGUUUUUAAAGCAGAACCUAGACAGCAAACUGACUUCAAACAAAUCUAGGUAGUUAGCUAUCUGUUUCCAUGUGACAUCCACUCCCACUUUAGAAAUUAAUUUCCUAAACCUUCAUUAUUUCACUCCAGAAGAAGUUUCACCGAAUAUUUGUACAUUUUUCCUAAAUGACAGAGAUGGGAAAAAAGUAACUGACACACAUAACCAAAGUUUUUUUUAUGUACCAAGGAGAAAUUUCAAAUUAGGUGUUUCCAUGGUGAGUUAAUUUUCACAAAUUGGGCAACAAAAGGUGUUGAUGGAAUAUCUUCUAAAAAAAAUUUCCAGACCAUAAGUAGGCAGCAGAAAAUUGCUGUUGAUAGAAUCUUCAGUGAACCAAGACCUAUUAUGUCUGGAGUACUACAAAGUAGUGUUCUUGGUCUAGUUAUUAUUAGUGUAUAUACAAGUGACAUGGUUGGUUGCCUGGAAACAAGAUUGUUCAGCCAUUCUGCAAUAAAGUGAAAAGAGGUAGUUGGAAUGGUUGAACAGCAAAAUAGAGACCUAGAAAAUAAAUGAGAUAAAGUACAAGGUGAAACUGGGGAGAAAAACCCCACAGUUGUGCCAAGAAGUAAUAGUUGGAGAUAAUGGAGCUAAAGUUUAAGGCCAAAAAAAUGGGUGUAGGUAAAGGCUAAAGGGAUGUUGCAAACAUCCUUAAGCAUCCUCAAGUAUUGCCUGUGGUGCACCGUGCAAGGUCCACUCAUGGCACUAUAUGGUCUCUAUUCUGCUACAGAAAGACAGUAUGCACUCAUGGCACUGUAUGGUCUCUAUUCUGCGACAGAAAGACAGUAUGCAAGCAUAUCUGAUCUUCUAGGAAGGUGUUGCCAUGAUCUCCAGGAGGCGUUGACAGCCAAGAUUAAAUUUCUUUAAAUGUAGGUGCUACUUUGUAAGAAGUAAAGUAUUUAUGAUACAGCAAAGUGCUUGUUACCUUUGGACCGUUGGGCUAAUAGCAGGAAAGAAUUACCUAUACACCCUGAUUAAACUUGCAUUGGUGCAUGUCCAACAUUUGAAGGGUUUGUCAUCUGCACUCUUUGUGUGGCAGCAAGGAGUGGUAUUAAGGUCUGAAAUGUCUCAACAUAAAUACAGUAUUGGGUACUGUCAGUUAGUGAUGGAAGAGAAAGUUUAGAGUGUAGCAGCAAUAUAAACAUUAUUGGCUUAACAUAUGCCGAUGAUGCUGUCAUAAUCAGCAAAACCACAAGAUUAAUAAGGUUUAUGUAAUAGAAUGCAUCAUAUGUUUAGAGAUAGAUUUUUCAGUUAUUGUAAUUAACAGUAGGCAGCAGAAGAUCAUGUAACUCAAAUGGUCUGUGAGUGAGAGAGAAAAAAAACUAAUUUUAUCCCCUUCUUUUUUUUAUAUUAUCUAUAAGGAUAGCUGAAAUAACUGAAAUAUUUUGAAUGAUGAAGGACCAGCGUUUAAUUUUAUUUCCCUUUUUCAGUAUGUGCGAACAUGAGUGCUAGAUAUAGUUAGUAGUAAAUAAACAAAGCUUUUUCAAAAACUUACUGGAAAUUAUUAUUAACAUAUGAGAGGUAGUACAGUAAUACCCUAAACUUACGUGAGUUUAGGUUCCAGAUCCCUUCAUGCAAGGAUAAGUUUUGCGCAAGUUUGGCAGGUCUCAAAAAAUGCUAAUAAAGGCUUACUUCUAGAGUUUGAACACUAAACAUGACCCUGAUCAUGCUCCCUAAAUAUUAAGAUAACUUUUAAAUGAAAUUAAAGUUACUGUAAUUUCAUUUAAAAGUUAGCUUAAUACAUUAUCCUUAAAAAAUUAAAUAAAUUGUUGGUAAAAAUAAAGGAGUAGGAGUGUGUGAAGAUUACAUACGUACAUCAUAUUUCUGUCUUCCCCUUCCAACUGACUGCUCUACUUUAAGAAGUCUUCUCAACCACUUUUAAGAAAUUCUUUAUUCUGUUUCUUUCUCUUUGUUCUGAAAUUCCUUUUUCAUGAACAACAGUUUUUAUUUUGACUAAUACAACUCUA